AUGCACUAUUGGCAGUCCUACGAUGGCUUCGCGCGCGUAGCGAUGAGCAUGGGCACGAAUCAGUUGAUCCUGGGUUUGUCCUACUACGUGAUUGGCUACGUGUUGAUCUCCAACAAGGCCAUCAUCGCGUGCUGGCUCGUGGUGCUCCUUUUCAUGGUUAUUGCCACAGCGUUGAUUCGUCUGGACAUGUCCCUCACAGGCUUUGAGUUCCGGGCAGCCAUGGUUCUGGUCUUUGCCGGCCCGACACUGACGGCUCUGGCAGCCCAGCAAUGGCGACUCCACACAGUGAAGGGCUACGAGAUGGUCCACCUCCUGGCGCCGCUGCCUUACGCCGCUGAGGCGGCCUGGCUCAUGCUGCUGCUCUACAUCAGCAAGGUGCAGGAGCAGGAAGGCGGAGCCACGCUUCCCACCGGGUUUCGAUCCGUAAUGUACAUCGAUGUCUUCGGCUGGAUCAAGCGAGCUCGGGCACAGAAGGAGGGCCAGGCCAGUCCGUGGGAGCCGCGGGUGUCCGAAGAGACACGACGUCUCCCGUCGCCUGCAGAGGCUGCGGUGCCUCAGCCGGGCCGGGGCCCGGCACUGGAGGCGGUGCACUACGAUGGCACAUUCCUCAAAGGCCCUGCCCCCCGACGACCAGAGUUGUUGCCAGGUGCUGCCAAGCCUCCCCCGGAGACGCUGGCCACAAAAGAGAUGUUCGAUCCGACUACCUUCGUGCCAAGGGAGAAGGACGGACAGCAGGCGAAUCACGCAGAGGACAUCCAUCCGUACCUGAAGCCUGGCGUUGUGCCUUGGCGCAUCUUCUGCUCAGCGACCACGCUGCUGCUGGUCCUGUGGUGGAUUUCAGGAGUACUCAUCCUCCUUCAGUCCUCCGGUUGGUCUGCUCUGCGUGUGUCGCCGCUUCUUCACGACACAGAGGAGGGGCCUGCGCCAAUUGAGCAAACACAGACGGCAGCUUUCCUGCUCGAGGAAGCCACAAUCCAGCCGAAUGCGCAGGCUGAGUCUUUGCAUGGAGAGCACAUCUCCACUUUCUGGCCCCCUGGAGCCUCUCCUCGGCACCUGUCGUGUGCAUCGGCGGACGGCGCCGUGCGCUUUGCUGCCAGCAGCCGCUUUGGCCUAUUCGAGGCGACCUUGAACACGGGCCUGCAUCUCGACAGCACUGAGACAGGCAAAGAUGCGUUAAACUCGGCAUUCGUGGCAAUCGCGGAGCUCCGACUCCAGGAAGAGCAGUGCGGGCCGCCCCAGCAACUCCAGCCCGAAAGCCCUCUGCUCCCGCAGUGGGAGGACCUCAGCGUGCUCUGCAGUGGCCACGACUGCCAGGCGCAGGUGCUCCAUCGCCAGGGCCAGCGCCUGGCCUCCUGCAGCUUGGGCACCGCGUCCCGCGCUUCGGAGGCCGUGAUGUCACUGGGUGACACCUGGCUCGGCCAAGGAGAUGCAGCACGGGACGAGUCCCAGGAGGAGGCACCAAAACUGGGAGGUGCCCAGCGCUGCGCCUACGCAGAGACGACAGGUGGACGCCUUGUGGAGCUGAAGUCGGGGCUGGUGCAAGGCAGGGCAAAAACACUCACAGCCUUCGGAUGGUUCGUGUCCUGGAAUCCCGCCUUUGCUGUUCGUCAGGGCGGGAGGGCGGGGAAUGGAGGUGCUGUGCUUGAUAUGAUGGGCCUUGAAGGAGGUUCUGCAGAUUGGUUGCCAACCCGAGUGCUCCUGGCAGACGUUGGCCGCGCGGCCAAGCGGAAAGGCGCUGCUCUUCACACGCUGGGAGACCGCUACUUAGCGAUGCUGGUGACUGGAGGAGCGGAGCUGCGCAUCUUCGACCUCCGCCAGUCAGGCAAGAUGGUGCAGAGAUAUCCUCUGCCGGGGCAGAAGUUCUGGCGCUCCAUGUGCAGUGCGGGCAGCAACCUUUUCCUCCUUUCCGAGGAUCCGGCAGCUGCCGCCCAGAUCUUCCGCUUCCCACUCCCACAGUCGCUGCUGCCUUCUGCGCAAUCGAAGCCGGCAGUACUGUCGGACAAGGCCGUCGGCAGCGCGUCAGGUUGCUCCCGGGGGUUCCGUCAUGCUUUUGAAAGUCUUGAGUCUACACGCGUUACUAUUAUACUAUUGUUACUGCUUGGCUGGAGCAAUUGUUAG